UCAUUAGGACCAGCUCUGUCAGAACAUAACUGCACCUUAAUGUCCUCAAUCUGUCCCUGCUGGGCUUCCCCCUGUCCGUCCGCUGUCGCCUGUCUGUCCGUCUUGUAAUUACCAAUCUUAUAUUCUGGUUUUUAAGUGGGACUUUAUAACAUCUACAGAUGAAAAACUAAUUUACAGAGAGAAUUUAUUAAUGUCCAAUGUCCUUGUCAAAUAAACAAAAGACCUCACUGACAGAUCAAUAUAUAUAUCUAGAUAUAUUUAUAGAUUAAAGGAGAUUCUGCUGAGGUCAUCUGGGUCCAUGAACUUUGUUGAAGUGGCAGAGCAGGUGAAACAAAGGUCAAUGUAAGCAAACAUGAUACCUGUUGGUUUCCCUGAGAAAGGUGUGUCGGUAUAUUUAUGCACUGGAUCGUGGCCACACCUGUAGGUGUGUGGAGGCGGAUCAGAAUGAGAACUUGCACCUUUAUGACACAAGCCUCCACAUGUUGAGCUGCAGGGUUCCGCGUAAAGUUGUGAGAGAAAACCCUGAAGACUGAAUGGAAACGAGACGGAGGAGGAUUUAAAGAGUUUUAGAAGAAAUCAAAAAAUAUGAAUCCAGAUCCUGGAGUCACAGAGGCCGAUUCCUCCCCGGGGACAACACCCGGAAGUGUCGAACCAGUUCACAGCUCAGACCAUCAGAUCCAGGACCCGGAGCUGGAUCCGGGGUCGGUUUGGGCCCCCAGCGGGAGGCGUCUGAUCUCCGGUCUGAUGGGUCUGAACGUGGUGCUGCUGGGAGUGGCGCUGGUGGCCGGCCAGGCCUUCAACCCCGAGGGCCUGAAGCACCAGGAGCCCCAGGUGUUCAUGCUGCUGCUCAUGGGGGUCAGUUUGAUCUGGAUGCUGUGGUACCUGCUGUGGGCCAGGAAGCAGCCCGGCAUCUGCCCACAUAAAGACCACCACGCCGGGGGACUCGCCGUCACCGUGGUCCUCAUGCUGUUCGCCGCCUUCAGCCUGCUGCUGUGUGUCUUCAGGGUCGGGUAUUUGAUCAGCAUGAGGGAGUGCAAACCUGCUGCUACGGUGCUCGCUCCGUUCAUCGAGGCGUCUUUUCUCGCACUGCAGUCGUAUUUACUGUGGGCUCACUCCAAAGACUGCAUCCACAGACACAAGAUCAUCACCAGGUCCGGGUUGAUGCUGAUCCUGUCAGCUGACCUGCUGCUGUGGCUGAACGCGGUGACCGAGGACUCGAUCCACGAGGAGAUCGAGUUAGAAAAAGAAGACGGGCUCGAUUUCAGCAACACAAACUCCUCUGAAGCACAAAACUCUGAUGUAGUAGGAAUCAUGAACUCGACCUUCUGUCAGUGCGCUGCGAGUGCAGCCUGCCUCACCUUCAGGAAAGGCUUCGAGAUCCUUUACCCCUUCAACAUGGAGUUCAACCUGAUGGCCGGCUGCAUGGUCUACGUGAUGUGGAAGAACGUGGGCCGCCGGAUGAGUCCGGGUCACGGCCACCACGCCACCCAGAAGCUGACCCUCCGCAUCGUGUACCAAGGCGGCGUCGUGUACGGCCUCGUGUUCGGCGCCCUGGCGCUCGUGGCGGGAGUGGCCGUCUUCAUCCUCUACCAGGUCUGGGUGAGCCGGCAGCGGCUUCGCACCACCGCCUUCCUCGUCUUCUACGGCUACCAUUUGGCAGUCAUGCCCGUCAUGUCCCUGUGCUGCCUGGUGGGGAUGCUGGUCCACAGGCUGGAGAGGAGGGCGAGCGAGGCGGGACACAACCCGACCCGUAGCCUGGACGUGACGCUCCUGGUGGCGGCGGCUCUGGGCCAGCUCGCCCUGUCUUACUUCUCCCUGGUGGCGGCCCUGGCGGUGGGGACCAGCGGGCCCCUGGGGAACCUGGACCUGUCCUACUCCCUCCUCAGCCUCCUGGAGCUCAUCCUCCAGAACAUCUUCAUCAUCGAGGGCCUCCACAGGCACCCGAGCCUGCUCGCCAAGAAGAAAGAGAGGCAGCGGAGCAGCAUAUUCAAGCUUAAGAAAAAGGUUGCAGUCCCAAUACAAGAAGAGAGGAAGACGAAUAUUUCACUGCUGGAUGGGAACGCGCCAGCUGCUGCCAUAGAGCAUGAUGGGAAAAACCCCUGGACCAAAAGAGCGAUACAAGAAAUCUGUGCUUUCCUCAUCCUGUCUAACGUCAUGCUGUGGGUCAUCCCUGCGUUCGGAGUCCAUCCUCAGUUUGAGAACGGACUCGGGAAACAGUUCUUCGGCUUCUCGGCUUGGUUUGUUCUGGUGAACUUGGGUCAGCCGCUCAGCGUCUUCUACAGGAUGCACUCAGUGGGAGCUUUAAUGGAGCUGCUCAUCUCUGCGUGACUGUUAAAGUAGAUGAUAUGAAAAAUGUUUGGGGGGGAAAAACAUAAAUGAUUUGGUUUAUACAGUGUGAGGAGAUUCCUCUGAGGCUGUUUGUUACAAUGAGGCGUCAACCUCCGGUUCUAAAAGGUGAAGCUUCGUGUGUUAAAGCUGCGUUCUCUCUAGUGUCCA